AUGUCGUUUAUUGCUCGUUUCUUUGGGAGGAGAGCACCCGGUGACGACGAGCAAAUCCUAGAGAAACUUGUGCUCGACAUCCAGAAGCGGGAAACACGUCUGUCCGAGAUCCGUCUGCGGGAACGACGCUCGACGCUCCUGUUUUCAAUAUACGCCAUAGCGCUUUGGGCGGCGUAUGGCAGCCUGUGGUUGUGGUACACCGACCUCCUGCCGAACCUCAGCGGGCACCACAGGAACAGCAAGUUUGAGAAGGCUGUGAAGGCGUUUCCAGUAUUCGUGGGCCCCAUCGUAAUAUUAUUCGUGCGCCGUAUUGUGCAGAUAUGGUACACCCGUACGGGAGAUACUGAAGAGAAGGCCCUGGUGGCGCUGCGUAAACGGCGACGGGACAAGAUUGAAGAGAUCAAGAAGAAGACGAACUACUACAGUACACGGAACCUCAUCGAACGUUACGAUGAUGGCUCCGCAUCUGGAGUGUCGGGUAGCCCCCAAACCAUGCGGCGACGCAUACCUUCGCAGGCGCCUCCCGUUACGCCUCAGCGUCCACAGCAGCACUUGAAUGUUCAGACCCCAAUGCCACCGCCAGCGUCCCCAAAUUCGCAACAAUACCUUUCGCCAUCCCCGCAGCGUCCAUUGCCUCCACCGCGCAAGCAGUGGUAUGAUAAGCUCGCGGACGCGAUUUUGGGCGACGACGGGGAGACAGCGACUGGAGCUGCUUCGCGCUAUGCUUUGAUAUGCCAUAAGUGCUUCGCGCACAACGGCCUCGUAAAGGAGAGCGUGUGGGAGGACACACAAUACGUCUGCCCGAAGUGCGGCCACUUUAACCCUUCUGCGCGAGCGGUGAGGCAAGCACGGGGAGGCUCCAAGAGUCCGCCGAAAACCCCAACACCGCUUCCGCAGCCUGACCUGUUGCAUCCGUUCGCCUCCCCGGUUGGGCGCUCCGUGAAUGCGAAUGGCGCCGUCGAAAAUCAUGUGGAGGGCAAGCCUGGGGAUGAGGACGGGCCAGUGGAGGGAGCGAGCACGCACAUGGACGUGGAUUCGUAG